ACCCAUUCCCAUAUAAUUGCAGUGAUGCCAAGUAAUUAUUACCGAUUUAAAUGUUGUAUUACGGGAUUAUGAAGUUUUAUUUCUUUAUUGCAGACACAAAGACAUUUAACAGGGUUCGUACGGUCCUUAGAAGUCCUUAAAAAGUCCUUAUUUUUGAAUACUGUUUUUAAGGGCCCUUAAAAGUGCUUACUUUUUUACGUUUGUCGUGUUGACUUUAGAAGUUACUUUUUCCUUUGUUACGCAUUGGAUGUUACGUAACGGUAGUAUGACUAUGUUUUUAUGGUACAAAUAUUGGGCCGAAUAGCUUAGUAAAUGUCGUACGAUGUACCAGAAUACUUUUGUUAGUGCACAAAAUAUACCGGAAUUAUCGGUUUACCGGCUUAUAGUGCUCAUAACUACUGAACAGAGCGCGCUGUAGUAGCUGUGUUAGUGUUUUGGCGCGUAAAUGCAGAAGUUUCGUUGUUUUGACUUGGUGUGAUUGUUUUUUCUUGUGAGAAAGGUUAUCUGCUAGUGAAUUUAUCUUGACCGUGAUGCCGGGGAAGUGUGUCUUUAACAUACUUUGGCUCAAAAAAGAGCAGUACAAAAAGUGGCUUUCCCGUGACCCAGACAAGCACAAGGCAAGAUGCCGAUUGUGCUGUAAAGUUUUCGAUAUAGGGAAUAUGGGCGAAUCGGCUUUGAAAGCACACAUGGCAGGGUCGAAGCACUCUUCAUUAGUUGAAGAGAAAACCAAGACCGUUGCGAUAAAAGAGUUUUUCAGUCCCAUGAACUUACCUAAUCAAACUUCUUCAACCUCAAAUGCUGCAGGUGUAUGCAAGCCAGCUACAGAAGCAAGUGGUAGUUUGAAUUUGUUUACCACUGGGAAAGACGUUCUGGAUGCAGAAAUUUUGUGGACUUUAAAGUGUAUUUGUAAUAACUAUUCGUACAAGUCUUGUGAGGAUUCAUCUCAACUUUUUGCUAGAAUGUUUCCUAGUCGCACGACAGUUCUCUUGCGGUGAAAAGAAAGUGGCAUAUUUGUGUCAUUUUGGUUUGGCUCCCCAUUUCCAGACACUUUUAUUCAAAUCUUUUCAGGACACUAGUCACUAUGUCUUGCUGUUUGACGAAACACUGAAUAAAAGCACCCAGCAAAAACAAAUGGACAUCCAUAUUAGAUUCUGGCAUACUGACAAUUCAGUGAGAACACGUUAUGUUACUUCAGCUUUCAUUGGUCAUGCCACAGCUGAUGAUUUACUGAAGGCGUUUUACAAAUGUACAGAGAAACUUGAUUUAUCAAAAUUGAUUCAGGUAUCAAUGGAUGGACCAUCAGUUAAUUGGAAGUUUUUCAAACUGUUGCAGGAAAACAUGAGAAAAGAGUUUAAUUUUGAGUGCAUUGAUGUUGGUUCUUGUGGGCUUCACACUUUGAAUAAUUCAUUCAAAAAGGGCGAAUCUGCAACAGAGUGGGGUAUUUCAUCUGUUCUGACAUCUCUUUACUCUUUGUUCAAAGAUGCCCCAGCACGAAGGGAUGACUUUGAAAAAUUAUCCACAACACAUAAAAUGCCAGUCAAAUUUUGCAGCUGCCGCUGGUUGGAAAAUGUUCCAUCAGCUGAACGGGCAUUAGAAGUUUGGAAUGAUGUAACAGAGUAUGUGGGAAAAGUUGAAAAAGGUGUACUUUCAAAAGUGACAUGCAAGUCCUUCGGUGUUGUCGCUGGAGCAACACAAGAUAACCUGAUGACUGUGAAGCUCAAUUUUUUUCUCUCCGUGGCAAAAGUUCUAAAGCCAUUUUUGGAAAAAUACCAGAGUGACAAACCAUUGUUACCCUUCUUCGCACAGGAUGUUCUUCAACUUGUAAAAAAGUGUGUUCAACUGUACAAAGUCUUGAAACCUGCUCAUUUUGAUCGUAUUUCUAGUGUUGAAAAAUUGAGCAAGUUUGAUUUUUCAAGGAAAAGUUUCCAUGCUUCAGCAAGUGAUGUUAGUGUAGGGUUUGUUGGAGAUAAACUUCUGAAAGAGAAACUCUUUAAACAACAGGUAACUGAAAAGCAAGUAGUGGUUCUAAAGUAUGAGUGCCAAAAGUUUGUUUUGACUAUGUUGGAGAGUUUGAUGGCUAAGUGUCCUGUAAAUUAUUCACUUGUGAAGAAUGCAGCCUGUAUUGAUCCAUCGCAAAUGGCAAGAGAUUCUGCUAGCUGUAGCCGUAAAAUGAAGUGUGUUCUUACAUAUUUUGUACAAAAGAAAGCGAUUGCAGCAGAGGAUUGUGAUGAUAUUUUAAUACAGUUCAAUGACUUCCUAGAGAAUGUUGUUUGACCAUCAUCAUCAGAGUUCCUGAACUAUGAUAGGAAUGAAGGUCUUGACAGCUUCCUUAGUGGCUAUUUUUUAAGAACAGCAUAUGGAAAGGUAUGGAAUGUCAUUAAAAUGUUGCUAAUUCUCUCACAUGGACAAGUAUCAGUGGAAAGAGGAUUUUCCAUCAACAAAGCCUUAGAAGUUGAAAAUCUGAAGGAAUCGUCUUAUGUAGCCCGCCGCACUGUACAUGACUACAUCACUUACUGUGGUACCAUACAUGACAUACCUAUUACCAAAGAAUUGAGGGCAUCUGCAUCAUCUGCCCGAAUGAAAUAUAUGCAGCAUUUGGAGGAGGAACGUGCCAAGAAAAUUGCUGCCAGUGCACAGGAGAAGACAAAGGAAAUGUUUGAUGAAAUUGAAGUUUUGAAAAAGAGGAGGGUUCUUUUGGAGAAGGAAAUUGACACAUCUGAAACAUCAGUUAAUAAUCUUUCACAAAAAGCAGAAACUUCCAGAAAUAUUGAACUGUUUAUCAAGUGCAAUGCUGUUAGGAAAGAAAUCUCUGUAAAGAAGCAGGAGCUGAGUGAUCUCAAAACUAAAAUUAGUGACUUGCAAAAUCUGACUAAAUAGACCUGGUUUCAAACUAAUUUCAUAUAAAGUACUUGACUAUUGAUUCACACUAGUGCCGUCUUAUCAUGGAGCUACGAACACUUUGGUGAAAACUGUUAAAUGUGUAAAUGUUGUAUUAUAAUUUUUUUACUAUCAAGUCGAUCAACAUAUAAGAAAGUUUGUGUUCGCAAAGUAUUUUUAAAUUGGUAAGUUCAAGGCGUUUGUUUAGGCCUAUUUUAAACUGCAUGACUAUGUAUAAUUAGUACUUACACCACUUGAUUUCUUUGUUAUAUUAAUACAUUUUUUGCCAACGUGCAGAAUAUUCUUGUUUUAAAACUUGUAGAUCAAUGCUAAAAGGUCCUUAAAAAAACUAUAACCAAGUCCUUAGAAGUCCUUAAAAGUCCUUAUUUUUUAAUGACCUAAGAGAGUACGAACCAUGUUUAAGGAGGAGUUAAAACUAGCUGUCAUCUACUUGUUCAGACAUUCUCAGAAUGACGCAAUACAUUUUGUACCAUAUAAUUCAUAAAUGUAGGGUCAUGAAAAAAUCCUGAUCACAAUAAACUCUAAAAAUAACACAAUUAAGAUGUUUUGAAGUUAAAAUAUGAUUUUCUAAUUUUUUUCAUCUUUUUCAUGAAUUUUUACCAAAGAAACUAAUGUUACAUUUUCAUGUCUUUCCCAUCUAACAUAAAGCAGUGCAUUGUAUAGCAAAAUGCAUGAGAUAAAAAUUGCUUGAAAUCUAUUUGCAAACAAAAUGGUACCUACAAAUAUUUUUGUAUCUCUAACCGUUUUAAUUUAAUUGACAAAUGUCCAUACGACGUGCUGGGUUGUUGUUUUGUACCUCUUCUCGCCAACACCAAGAACCAUUGCCGUAUCCUCACACCAGGCAGAGGGCAGGAACAGCGUAGUUAAAAGACUAUACGUUCUCUGUAUAAAUUGUGUUACUUAUGCCUGUUUUGACCACUGUUGUUUUUCUUUACUGCCUUUAAAAUGUCUGCAGAGGGCUGGAAGAGCUGAGUUGAAUCCCGAACCACCUCUGCAUGUGAAGUAAUGUCGUGAAGGCCCAGUGCACACAGUCCAGCAUCCCUGGGUGCCUAAAUGGAAGCAACUUUAUCGUGCCUGCGUGAUUACAUCCUGAUCGUGCAACCAUGGUUUUUCCAAACAUAACACAGUCUUGACAUCUGAACAUCUCGUACCUCCACCUGUAUGAUUGUUGUUCCCUCUGUGUGUCCCAUCCCUCUCCACCUCGUGUUGCGAGACGCAGAGUACAAUCUUUUUUUGUCAUAUUAGAAUCUUCAACUAGGUCGGUUGACACAAACGAGUCUGCCAGUGCAGACACGUGGUGACCAUUCACCACCACUGGGAUGCAGAUAAGAUCAUUUUCUCGGGCACUCCUCAUGCCAUUGGAACUGCUCGCGCGGGCAAAAUCUGCAGGAAUAUAUUAUAAGGUUGCCUCGCUGCUCUCGGUUGGAUUCCACUCCUUAACGUCGCUCUGGAUGCCCUCAUCAGCUGACUCCCGGUGGCCAGGACUCCAGAGUUGGAAAUCUGGGGCAGAACCUCUUCAUGAUGGUAACGAGCUGGUAGGGGCUUGUAGGUUAUCAUGGCAGUGGAUAACGCCAUAUUCCCUGGAACUGUAUUUGUUACCGGAAGCCCCAUCGGGAGUGAAAAGCCUAAACUGAAGGCAUGCAGGUUGCCUUCCACUGCGACUGCAUACUGCACAAUUAUACUAUGUCCUGGAGUGAUGCACGUCUCAUAUGAGCCCGUAUGUUGGGAAGCAUAAGUUCGAUGAUGCCCUCUGAGUGCUUUGUCGGAAACAGUGUGACUUGUUUUUUAAAUUUUGAUUAUAGAGUUCCACAUAACCUCUGUUGAUGACAUGGAAGGUUAACAAAAACACUAUAACCUAUGAACAUUCGAAACUUGUCGGAUCAUUUGUAUUUACUGUACUAUGUUAUUAUACUAAAGUAUUACAUACAUUUUAAAUGUAAUAAGUAUAGGUACAUAAAGUACAGAGUAUUGUCUGUAACACCGUGAUAAAUAAGAAUAAAUUAAGAAAUGCAAAUCUAUAGAUGUUGAGAGAGAUGUUACUAACUACUUAGUGAAUCUGAGUAUUUAUAAAGACCAAGGGUUUGCAGAUAAAUAAAUAGAAAUUAAAAACAACUUUAUAUGUUUCACUACCUAUUUUUCUGGUCUUUUAUUUUGGGGUAUUUUAUAAGCAUUUUAAUACUACAUUGAAUUAUUAACAUUAUCAAGCAAUGAAUAGAAAGAAAGGGCCCUUUAUACAAAAUGUACUUAAUCAAAGUAAGAUAAUUGUAUUAUAGUAAAUUAUGGAUUUUAAAUAGUUAUGAGUAUUGAAUAUUCAGUGCUUCUCUGAUAUUUUAAUAAAAAAAUAAGUAUGUGCAUCCCUUAACACAGGAGCUCAGAGAUGUCCCGGAAGAUGCACAUUGAGAGGACUUCCUCAGGAAUGCAGUAGAAAAGAGUUUAAAAUCUUGAAAAUCGUGAACAUCUUGAAACUUGUAAAAAUCGUAAACCCACUGCACAACAAAAGUAAUGCAGCAUAUUAACAUCAAAUGUAAAAGGCACAAAAACUGACGCAAGAUCGGAACAUCACAAAAGGGGUGCUAUAUAGAUGUUAAGAAACUUGAAGUUCCACUUACCGAUUAUGUGGGUUGAAAACAUACCGUCAAGACAUGAUGAGAUGAAUUUGGAACAUGUUAGUGUUCAAUUUAAGAAGUGUGGUUUUACACACUUGAAGAUUAAAAAAAAAAAGAUGAAAGAUGCCGGAAAAAUAACUACAUAAUUAUAAUAAAUAAAUUUUGGAAACUAUCCCAUCCUGUAAUGACAUCUUAAUUCACAUCCGGCACUCGCACUUGUACAACAAGAGAACUCAAACACUGGCGCGAAGGAUUCACUCUGUAGAGUCACAGCGGUGGCCGAGGGACGCAGGAAACAUAGUGUAUCAUUGCGCUGGGAGCCGAAAGUAGUGUGAGAGGGUCA